UGACUGGUCACUAAGCCAAUGAACUUAGCCAAUGGGAAAGAGAUAUGGCGACCUCGUAAGAACCGCCUCCUUUGCCAUUUGUAUCAUCUCUCUAUAAAAACCACUCAACCAUCAACCUCUCUUUGCAUGCAACAAAUCACUCAAAUAAUUAUUUUAUAAAGAACCAAAGAGAAAGAAAAAAAAAAAGACGGCAGAGAAACAAUGGAACGUGGAGCUCCCUUCCCUCACUAUCAGCUACCAAAACCCAACUCUGGAUUGAACUUGGACCAGCUCACUAACGCAAACCCAAUGACUAGCUCAGUCGCCGUAGCCGGCUCCAGUGACAAGAACAAGGGGCAGCAACAACAACCAUGUAUGGCUCGUGAGCAAGACCAAUACAUGCCAAUCGCUAACGUCAUUAGGAUCAUGCGUAAAAACUUACCGUCGCACGCCAAAAUCUCCGACGACGCUAAAGAAACGAUUCAAGAAUGCGUCUCCGAGUACAUCAGCUUCGUGACCGGUGAAGCCAACGAGCGUUGCCAGCGUGAGCAGCGUAAGACCAUAACUGCUGAAGACAUCCUUUGGGCUAUGAGCAAGCUUGGGUUCGAUAACUACGUGGAUCCACUCACCCUGUACAUCAACCGGUACCGUGAGAUAGAGACGGAUCGUGGGUCAGCGCUUAGAGGUGAGGCGUCGUCGUUGAGACAGGCCUAUGGAGGAAAUGGUAUUGGGUUUCACGGCCCACCACAUGGCCUACCUCCUCCAGGUCCUUAUGGUUAUGGUAUGGUUGAUCAAUCCAUGGUUAUGGGUGGUGGUCGGUACUACCAAAACGGGUCUGGUCAGGAUGGAUCCGGUUCUGCUGGUGGUUCUUCGUCUUCUAUCAAUGGAAUGUCGGUUUAUGACCCAUAUGUUCAGUAUAAGUGAAGAUUUAACCAUUCUUCAUUUCUUCUAUUCAAAGCAUCAUGUGUUUGGAUAGAGAUAUUUUAAUUAUAUGUCUUAUCAAAUAACAUUUCUAUGUAAUAUAUAUUGCUUAAUGGUUAUGCAAGAUUACAUGAUUUAAAGGUUUUUUGUAA